CAGAGGCUGGUCACAGAGGCUCUCCUUUUCUCAGCAGCGAGCUGCUACUUCCUCCUCUGAGUAAUAAGAGCAGCUUCACACAGAGCGACUGACUGACUGACUGAGAGAAGCAUACACACAGAGGCACAGCGGGACAGACACACUCAUGCUCCGAUCCGGCACUUGUUAAAUGUCCACAGAGGUUGACUCUGCCUCUAUCCUCUUUUGACACCUGUCAAUCGUUUGAAAACACAACCCGUUGCCGUGGAGACGGGCCCACAAUAAGGAGGCGAGGAGGAUUCCCCAAGCCAGACAAGACCUGAGAAGUCAAGAGGAGAGGAAACAUUCUGAAUCAGCCUCCACGAUGGACCAGCAGCAGCACGCCAAGGUAGAGCGAUUUCUCAAGUUGGGGUACUCUCACAGUGACAUACUGAGGGUGCUGGAGAGCCUCCGCCAUGACGCACAGACCAAUGAUAUCCUGGAGGAGCUGAUAAAGACUUGCCACACCCGCAGCAACAAAAGUCUCCCAAAUAGCCCCAAGUUGGUGUCCAGAGGCUGCAGCCCUGGUCCCACCCAGCCCAGACCUGGAGGAGACAGAGAAAAAGUUGCUGACUUCAGACCAGUGGUUAUUGAUGGAAGCAACGUGGCCAUGAGCCAUGGCGACAAGAAGGUGUUUUCGUGCCAGGGCCUUCAGCUGGCAGUGAACUGGUUCAGGGACAAAGGGAUGCGAGACAUCACCGUGUUUGUUCCCCUGUGGAGGAAGGAGCAGCCGCGACCUGAGGCACCCAUCACCGAUCAACAUAUUCUCCACGAGCUGGAGAGAAGGAAGAUCCUGGUGUACACGCCGUCCCGCUGUGUGAACGGGAAGAGGGUGGUGUGCUACGAUGACCGCUACAUCGUCAAGCUGGCUGUCGACUCCGACGGCAUCAUUGUGUCCAACGACAACUACCGUGACCUGCAGACGGAGAACCCCAAGUGGAAGAAGUUCAUAGAGGAGAGGCUGCUGAUGUACACGUUCGCUAACGACAAGUUCAUGCCUCCAGAUGAUCCUCUGGGAAGGAACGGCCCCACCAUUGAUGAUUUUUUGCGGAAGAAGCCGUGGACCCCAGACAACAAGCUGCAGCAUUGUCCUUACGGAAAGAAGUGUACUUACGGAGUCAAGUGCAAGUUCUACCACCCAGAGCGGGCCAACCAGUCACAGCUGUCUGUGGCCGAUGAGCUGAGAGCGCUGAGAGACAGAGCCAAGAACUUCUCGCCCAAACCCAGCCUGCAGGACACACACUGCUGCCCUGCUGUGUAUCAGCCGGAGCACGGAUACAUUUCAUCCACCCCUCCUCCGCCCCUGAGCGCAGAUGAUCAAUCCCUCAGGGCUUCACCCAGCGAGCAGUUCUUGUAUCACAGAGACACCAGCAGCCCGAGGAGCCAGCCAAACACCACCCUGCACCUCUGCCCGAGCCCGGAUGUGGACGAGGCCUUCAGCUCCAUGGACAGCUCCAUGUCCAGGCUCUACAUCCAUGAUGUGCCCCACAGCUACAGCAGUGGCGUGGCCAGCUACAGCCUGAGCCACGACGACUACUCCUCAUCAGGGUCCUAUGGCGGGAACACCCAGAGGCCCUGCCUGAGCGGAGGUUACUACCCCCAUCAGAACGGCUCAGUGUCCUGCGAACGCCCCAUGUGCAGCCACUGUAGGUGUGCUCACCAGGAGACAAGGGUGUCCCACCACCAGAACCACCCAGCAUGGGGUUCCUGUCCAACUCUGCCUCCACAUAACAGGGAGCAUCCUGGUUAUUAUUCAGAGAACCAGUACUCGAGACAGCACUCCAACAGACAGAGCCACAGCUUACCAAGGGACCCAUGGGUGCAGGGCAGAGCCAAGAGUCCAUCCAGCGAGCAGAGGAAGGGCCUGAGGAGCCAGCUGAGCACCCUCUUCCCUCAGAGCAUGGUGGAGCAAGUCAUGAAUACUUACCCACACAUCACAGACAUGUCUGAACUGAUCCCUCUCAUCCAGAGCCACAGGACCAGUCACAUCUCCUUCUAGAUUAGAAAGACUUUUUUUUGACUCAAACUGAGUCCACAUCGUAGUUCUCAUCCCAGAAACAAAGUGAAAACUGAGAAAAAAAUCUGCUUACAUACGAAUCAUACUGUGGCAAGCUUGCUUGAGCUCAUCCCAAACUCAGCCUUUAUCUUAAGCAUUAAAAGUGACUCGAUCUGAUGAAGUCUUGAAAAUGUAGCAGACUGAAUGCUGUUUCUUUAGUAUAAAAGUGCAAUGCACUACGCUCCAUACAUGCUACGUAUUGUAGCAGUGAAAAUAUUUUAUUAAAGCAGCAUGUGUUGUUUUUCUCAUGUUGCCUCAAAGUGAGGAACUCUAUCGUACCAUUCUGUACUUGUGUAAAGAAUGGCAUCGACCUAUUUUUAUAUAAAUUCUAGAGGCUUGUGUUUUUGCUGUUCCUGUGAAAUAAAAGCACUCAAAUCAC